AUGUAAGUUCGAGUUGCAUAACGUGCAUAGUGUGAUAUAAGUGUCUUUAUAGGCACUUAUAGUAUCUGUAUCCUGUCUGCAGAAGUCUCUACUCUCUACUUCACUCUGUUGUAUAAUCUAUGGCAGUCUAUACGCGGCAUUCGUGGUAACAACACGUGUGGAACGAUUGGAUCUAAGACAGAAACAUUACAAUGAAGAAAAUAGAGGACUUGGUUCCUAAGGACGCUGUAACUGAACUAACAUUUUUCGUUAAUGGAAAGAAGGUGAUCGAGCCUCGCCCGGAUCCGUCAUGGACGUUGCUCUGGUAUCUGCGCACCAAGCUGCGCCUCACUGGCACCAAGUCCGGCUGCGGGGAGGGCGGCUGCGGCGCCUGCACUGUCAUGCUGUCCUGGUAUCUGGCGACUGAAGAUCGCGUCAAACAUAUAGCAGUGAAUGCGUGUUUAACACCAGUAUGUGCAGUCUAUGGUAAAGCUAUAACUACAGUCGAGGGAAUUGGCUCAACUCAAGAGAAGCUGCACCCCGUACAGGAAAGAAUAGCCAAGGCACACGGGUCGCAGUGUGGCUUCUGCACUCCUGGUAUCGUCAUGUCCAUGUAUGCUCUCUUGCGAAAUAAAAACAAAGUGGAUUAUGAUGAUAUUGAGACAGCUCUACAAGGAAAUCUUUGCCGAUGCACAGGCUACAGACCCAUUAUAGACGGAUUCAAAACAUUCACCGAAGGCUGGGAACGGCAGUAUGCAGUGGAUGGUCAGAAUGGAUGCUCGAUGGGAGAAAACUGCUGCAAGAAUCAAAGUAAAGAGGCAAAAGAACAAUUGUUCGAUAAUUCGUCGCUUCAGCCGUAUGAUCGCACACAAGAACCCAUAUACCCGCCAGAACUAAGGAUUAACUAUAAAAGUUAUGAUGAAGCCUUUCUAUUUUAUAAGGGGCCAGAGGUCACCUGGUUACGGCCUACAAAGCUAAAUGAUCUGUUGUUAAUUAAGAAAGAAUAUCAUCAAAGCAAAAUAGUUGUAGGUAACACGGAAAUUGGUGUGGAAAUCAAGUUCAAAAAUAUGGUGUACCCUUUGUUAUUGUCACCAAAUAUUAUACCCGAUUUGAACUUUUGUAAAGUUACUGAAACUGGCUAUGUAAUUGGAGGGGCUACCAGUUUAACGGAUGCUAGUGACUUUUUGGCGGCAGAAGUGAUUCAAAACCCAGCUAAAGGAAAAAUAGCAAACGCCAUCGUCGAGAUGCUUCACUGGUUCGCAGGAAACCAAGUGCGUAAUGUUGCAUCACUAGCAGGGAACAUUAUGACUGCUAGUCCAAUAUCAGAUUUAAAUCCAAUUUUCAUGGCUAGUUCUGCCGUGAUCAAUGUUCACAGUUUUGAUCGUGGGCUUAGACGUUUAGUCGUUGAUGAAAACUUCUUUGUAGGCUAUCGACAGACUGCAGUAAAUCCAGAUGAAAUCCUUAUAUCGAUUGAGGUUCCAUUUAGUAAGGAUAAUCAACUUUUCAAAGCCUAUAAACAAGCUCGUAGAAGAGACGACGAUAUAUCAAUAGUAACAGGUGCUUUCCUUGCUACCUUAGAAGAAAAUGGUCACAAAAUUGAAGAUAUCAAAAUGUGUUAUGGAGGAAUGGGUCCUACAACUGUAAAUAUUGCGCAAACAACAAAGAAGCUGAAAGGCAAAUCUUGGAAUCAAGAAUUACUAAAAUUGGUUUUUGAUUCUUUAACAGAAGAACUUCUGUUACACGAGUCAGUGCCAGGCGGUAUGGCUCAGUAUCGAAAAUCAUUAUGCUUAAGUUUGUUCUUUAAAUUCUUUACAUAUGUGGAAGAAUCCUCAAAAGAAAACUUUGUCCAUACUAAUAUUAACAGCGUUGCUGUUAUUGAACCGAAAGCUUCUCAAUAUUUUGAAAUCAAGAACGCACAGCGAAAACCGACAGAUGCUGUAGGUAUGCCAAUACCACAUGCAUCAGCAUUCAAACAAGCAACCGGUGAAGCUGUCUACUGUGAUGACAUUCCACAAGUUCAAGGAGAAUUGUUCUUAACACUUGUCUUAAGUGAAAAGGCUUAUGCUAAGAUUAAAUCAGUAGAUGCAAGUAAAGCUUUAGCUAUGACUGGGGUGAUAGCAUUUUUUUCCGCUAAUGAUUUAGAUAAAGACUGUAAUAAAUUAGGUCCCAUAUUUAAAGACGAAGAAAUAUUUUCAAGUGAAGAAGUAACAAGUCGAGCUUGUGUUAUCGGAGCCAUAGUAGCAGUCAAUGAAACUGUCGCCAGAAAAGCGAAACAAUUGGUCACUGUUUCGUAUGAAGAGCAAAAACCUGCAAUAAUCACACUAGAAGACGCAAUCGCACAUAAAUCUUACUUCCACGGGUACCCUCGAACUAUAAAUAGAGGUGAUGUAAGUAAAGCUAUGAAAGAAUGUGACCAUGUUAUAAACGGUACAGCAAGAACUGGAGCGCAAGAACAUUUUUAUCUAGAACCAGGAGCUGCAUUUGCUAUCAGAAAAGAAGAUGAAAUAGAGAUUUAUAGCAGCACUCAAGCUCCAGGAGAAGUUGCUGAAUUAAUAUCGCAUGCUCUACGAAUUCCACAUCAUAAAGUGGUUUGCAAAGUCAAAAGGAUAGGAGGGGGUUUUGGUGGCAAGGAAACGAGAGCAUCUCUUCUAGCUGUCCCGGUAGCCAUUGCUGCGUAUAAACUGAAGGCAGCAGUAAGGGCAGUGCUAGAUAGAGAUGAAGAUAUGCAAGUGACAGGAUACCGUCACCCUGUUCUGGCAAACUACAAGAUUGGAUUCGAUAAGCAAGGCAAAAUAAUUGCAGCAAUCUUUGAUGUUUACGCCAACACAGGAAAUUCUAUGGAUAUAUCGUGUUCUAUGAUAGACAGAGCGAUUUAUCACGUCGACAAUUGCUAUUUCAUACCGAAUAUUGAAGUCAGCGGUUACCUUUGCAAAACCCAUUUGCCUUCAAACACUGCCUUCAGAGGCUUUGGGGGCCCCCAAGCUAUGUUUGCUGCUGAGAAUAUGAUCAGAGAUGUGGCUGUAACUUUAGGCAAGUCAUACGAAGAAGUUAUUGAAAUAAACUUGUACAAAGAAAAUCAGCUGACACACUACAAUCAAACUUUAACACAUUGUACGCUUACAAGAUGUUGGACAGAAUGUAUAACCACUAGUGGUUACUGGCAAAGGAAAGAAGCCAUUGAGAGCUUCAACAGACAAAACCGAUGGAAGAAGAAAGGCAUAGCGAUUGUACCAACCAAAUACGGCAUUUCAUUCGGAAGUGACUUCCUUAUGCAAGCUGGCGCUCUUCUCUUGGUAUACACGGAUGGCUCAGUCCUUCUAUCUAUAGGAGGCAUAGAAAUGGGCCAAGGGCUGUUCACCAAAAUGAUUCAAGUCGCAUCAAGAGCUUUAGAAAUCGAUAUAAGUAAAAUACACAUAAGUGAAAUGUCAUCAGAUAAAGUACCAAACAGUUCACCGACAGCGGCAAGCAUAAGCUCAGAUUUAUACGGCAUGGCAGUCUUAGACGCCUGCAAAACCCUAAUGGAUAGACUGAAACCAUAUAAAACAAAGAACCCGAAUGGGAAAUGGGAAGAUUGGAUAUCUGCUGCAUACAUGGAUAGGGUGAAUCUGUCAGUGUCUGGAUUCUACCGAGCUCCCAAAAUACAAUAUGAUAAAGAAACAAAUUCUGGAGAUCUGUAUGAGUAUUUCACGUAUGGAGUGGCGUGUUCCGAAGUGCUCGUCGAUUGUUUGACAGGGGACCACGAGGUGUUGAGAUCAGACAUCGUGAUGGAUCUUGGUGACAGUUUAAACCCAGCUAUAGACAUUGGUCAAAUUGAAGGCGCAUUCAUGCAGGGCUAUGGACUGUUUACGAUUGAGGAGCUGGUGUUUUCACCGUCUGGGGCACUGCUCUCAAGAGGUCCUGGAGCGUAUAAGAUUCCAGCUAUAUCGGAUAUACCGAAGGAGUUCAAUGUUUCUCUGCUGAAAGGGGCUCCUAACCCUCGUGCUGUGUAUUCUUCCAAGGCUGUCGGAGAGCCACCUCUGUUCCUCGCCUCAUCAGUGUUCUUCGCCAUAAAGGAAGCUAUCGCGUCAGCGCGGCGGGACGCAGGAGCUGCGACAAGGUUCCAACUGGACGCCCCCGCCACGUGCGAGAAAAUCAGGAUGGCCUGUGAUGACGAGAUCACGAGACAGGUUAACCCAACCAUAAGAAAAGAUGGAAAACAGCCUUGGAAUGUGAUAGUCUAAGAUUAAGAUAUUUAGCAAUAAAUUAUUUACUUACA